AUGCGCUAUCAUCCGCAAGCACGUACAACCGACCGAGAGGAAAGCGAUCUCGAUCAUCAUUUAAUACACCUCUCCGAUUAUAUCGACAUAAUCCUACCGAAAUACGUUUCACAUGAUUAUCAACCUGUCGAUGAACAACAUCUACUGAAAUGUUUCGAAAAACUUGAUCAAUCGAAGAAAAACUAUAUGCACAAGAAACUGUUCAUUGAAAUGCUAUCAACCAUGGAAGAUAUGUUCGAUGAGAACGAAGCCGAAAAUCUUUUAAAUCUCCUCACCACAAAUCAAAGUUUAACUGUUGAAGACGAUUUACACGAUUUCUUUCUCUAUAAACGAUAUAUCAAACAUCUUUUACCACAACGACAUUUGAUUUAUCUUGAUCUUGGCGUGGCGAAAUAA